AAAGCAGCAUUAGGUCUGAUUGACGUGUGUGUGUCCCGGGGCAAACGUCACGAGUCCGAUAUCUUCCAUGGACUUCUCUGGAUAAGAAACACACGAUUGAUGUGUAUUUGGACUACACCGGGUAGCAUCAAACCGAUCGUUAUGUGUGUAUGUUGUUACUAGAGCUGCAGGUCAGUGUGUUAUUGUGCUCCGAGGCAAGAGGGACCAGCAGCAGCAGGUGCAUGUGGAUGGCGAUAAAACUCAAGGCAAACUGCCCUCUCCAUACAGCUGGAACAUCGGCGGAUCCAUAAAAUAUACGAACAGCCAAAUUAAAACACGUCAUUGGUUUGAAGAGAGGGCGAAGGAGUGUCUCUCCACUGCUUUCCAUAUUCAAGAAAAGCUAUGAAGCGAUAAUCCCGGGCAAAAGCAGCGCCUUGUCCCGUUUCUCCCGUUCGCAAACAUGGAGAAAGUGAAAAGUGAACGUUAACCCAGACGCUACCUCAACUUAAAACCGUGACUUCCGAGAUUCGUGUUUAUCGAAAGAAACUUGAACAUAGCUUUUGGUCUCUGGGGGGAAAACAACACGGCGGAUACAUGGUGAGACUCUUGCACGGAUUUUCAGGAUUUCACUGACACUCAAGCGGCCAUGGAGAAGAACAAGGCGACCAACAGGAGCCGCUCCGUCGGCGGCAGAGCUAAAGACAGAGUGGACAGUGUGGAUCCAUAUGGGUUUGAGCGCUCAGAGGACUUUGACUAUGAGUCAUAUGAGGAGCUGAUGUCUCAGUAUCUUGUUGUGCUCACCCGACGAGCCAUCAAGUGGUCCAAACUACUGAAGGGCAAAAGCAAAGUGCAGAAGAAUGUGAAACUAAAGCGUUAUGUACGUAAGGGAGUCCCCAAUGAGCACCGGGCCCUGAUCUGGAUGGCAGCCAGUGGGGCUCAAGACCAGCUAGAGAAGAACCCAGGCUACUACCAGUCCCUGCUUGGAGCCCAGCAUGACCCCAAACUGGUGGAGACCAUCUGUACAGACUUGAACAGAACAUUUCCAGAUAACGUCCAGUUCCGCAAGACAUCCAACCCGUGUCUGCAGAAAGCUCUGUACAAUGUGCUGCUGGCUUAUGGUCACCACAAUCCAGCUGUGGGUUACUGUCAGGGGAUGAACUUCAUAGCUGGGUACCUGCUUAUCAUCACAAAAGAUGAAGAGAAAUCCUUCUGGCUGAUGGAUGCACUACUGGGCAGAAUUUUACCAGACUACUACACUCCAGCCAUGUUGGGGCUGAAGACAGACCAGGAGGUGUUGGGGGAGCUGGUGAAGGUUAAAGCCCCCUCAGUGUGGCAGACCAUGAUGGAUCAGAAUGUCAUGUGGACCCUGGUGGUGUCCCGAUGGUUCAUCUGUCUCUACAUAGACGUCCUGCCAGUAGAGACCGUUCUGCGAAUUUGGGAUUGCCUGUUCUACGAGGGCUCUAAAAUCCUGUUCCGUGUCGCUCUGACGCUGAUCCACCACAACCAGGCUCUGAUUCAACAGGCCCAGUCGCUGCCAGACGUCUGCCAAACCUUCAAACAGAUCACCCACGGACCAUUUGUGGAUGAAUGCCACACUUUCAUGCAGAAAAUCUUCACUGAACCAGGAAGUCUUUCCAUUUCAACCCUGACUAAGCUACGGGCGACAUGUCGAUCUCGCAUCAUCGCAGAAGAGUCCUGACCCAAACUGACUACUUGUUGCUUGAAACUCAAUACACAUUCCACUGGGAUGAGCACCAAACAGCUUGUUUGCACCUUUUUGUAAGUGACUUAGCGUCACAGCGACUACUACAUGUAAUUCUUGUCUUAAACAUAUUUUGAGACAAUAACACAACUUAAAUGUAAAUAUAUGAUCUCAUGAGAAUAUUCUUAGCAAUGUGCUAACCUAACGAUUCCAGUUGAAACUGACAUGUAGUUUGUCUUAAAUUGAUAUUCUCCUCUUUUGUUAAAAUGUGGAAUUAUGCACUUUAUCCCAGAUACACUGAAGAGAAAAGGCUUGGCAGCAAACGCCAGGUUGGAUAAAAGAUGUGUUGCACACUGUAAGCACAGCCAAGAGGAACCUGCCUACUGUAUUUCACAUUGUCGUCUUAGUGAUGAAUAUAGCAAACGUUGUUAACUAAUUGUUCUUUUGGUUAAAUUGAAAGUUGACUGACAAAUGACAAAAUGCAAUGCUGGCACUAUAUGUGCUAUCUGAAUGUGAAUUAUAUUGAUUUCAUAACAGACAACUUUGAUUUCUUCAAACAUUUCAAUGUCUGAUUCAUAGUUCCUGACCUCAACCUUUUAAUUCAAGUGCACUAUGGUGAAGCCAUCCAAACAUGGCCGCUCUCUUUUUCAAACAAUGGUGUGUCCAGUUUGUUCUGCGUCUGCUUUUCGGGGCCCUUUAAAAGUGUUUUGGCACUGAUAUCAGAUUUUGUAUCGGUGGUCCAAAAUAACCUUGGCAUUGAUCCUAGCCGAGUAUCCUGUGUAAUGUACACCCAGUUGAACAGCUCGGAGUAAACACCAAUGUUUAUCUGAUAAAGAACAGGAUGAAACAUGUAUCAAAAGGUACUGUUGCAUGAGAUAUUCACAGAAAUCAACACUAGACUUUUGAUGUUUUUAUUAUCUUUCAGUAAGAUGCAUAAUAGAAAACGAGAUCAAACCAUCUUCUAUAAAAAAGAUCAAAUCACUACAGUUCAUAUUAACAUUUCCUGUGGGAGAGGCUGGGGGAAACCAAGAAUAGAAAAUUAACCUGUGUUCACUUUUCCUGUCAAAUACAUUUUUGUGAAUGCAGAGUUGCCUUCCGUGUACGGCCGGACCACUACACACGGAUUACACAAAGCAGCAAUCCACAAGUUUGUAUCAUCAUAGUUAUAAGUUUAAUUAGUUGAAUUAAACUGCUUCAGUGCACUGAAGGCAUCUGUCAGUCUCCACUGAAGAGGAAUGAGGGGAAAUGACAGACAUUCAGUGCUUUCCCUUUUCGAGUUGCUGGGAUUAACUCAUGCUCCUGGAGUUAAAAAAAAAAAAAAGUACACGUGAGCAUGCGUAGGGGGCGAGAGUAACAAUUCAACUUACUUGAAAUGUUUGAACAGAGACAUCAUUAAUUGUCAAACCUUUCACCAACAGCACUGGAGCUUUUUUU